AUGUCACCAACUCCAAUACUACCUCCGUCAAAGGCCAUACCUCCUCCAGCAAAGGCAAUUGUACCCACAGAUGCAAAAACACGAUUAAAGAAAGCUGAGAAUGCUAGAAAACGUUUGGUAGCUGGCCGGACGCUGAGAGAGGAUUCGGAUCAAGACGAGGGCUCGGACGACGAGGCUGAAUGGCAAUGGAUAUAUGAUGACGAGAAUUCCGAAGAAAACGCUUCGCCAUCGCAGACCAGUGCUAAAGGGGGCGAAGAUUCAUCAGCUAAGAGAACGCGUCGGCUCUCGAAAGGUGCAGGAGCUAGGAGGAUUGUCGGUGCCAGGGCUGGAAAGACGGUCUGCAGGAUUACAGAUUGUGUUUUGAUAAAUAACGAUACUUCGAAUACAAAUUGGGUUGGAAUUAUCUCAGGGUUUGACGAGGAUGAGGGCUAUGACGAGAAUGCCGAAUCAUACCAUGAUAUAAUGAAAGCCAAUAUUUGGUGGUUCUGUAGCCCAAAUGACAUUCACAAUAAAACGAAGAAGCGAUUGGAUUUUCUGGAAAAUGAGCUCUACAUCUCUUCUGAUCUCGAUACAAUUUCACUGGCGACCAUCAAUGGCGUAGCUACGAUCCUAUCCGAAGAUGCAUUCAAAGCCAACUUCCCAACUGGAAAAAUACCUAGAAAUCGAAAAGAAAAUGGGAAAACAUUCAUAUGUCGCCGAGGAUUACACAGCAAAUCUGUCACAUAUACAGAUGAAUUCGUGUGGGAUGAUGUAUACCACAAUACAGAGGAAAGUGUUGAACAAUUGAUCGAGAAGAUCGAAAAUAGCUUGCCAAGCAACAAGAGAAAGAAACUGGUCGUCCCUAACCUUAAGAAGAAAAAGAAGCUUGAUGACGAUGGUGACGCAAGUGUGGCAUCUGAACAUGAUGAUGAUUAUGAAGUGGAUGAAGAAAUCUUAUCAACACCGAGGAAAAGGCAAAAGACUACCAAAGCUAUAACCCCUCGAAAACCACGCACACCCUCCAAGCUACUUACUCCCAGUCACAAACGGAUCGUCGUUAAGAAGCCUUUAGAAUUCACGCCCCUGGGAAUGCGUAUGCUCUCACCAUCAGUUAAUGCUUCUCCAUUUCAAACAGCUCGAUCACGACUUCACGUUUCAUCCGUUCCUGAUACCCUUCCCUGUCGCGAAGAAGAAUUCUCAUCGGUAUAUACACAUCUUGCAGCUGCUAUUACAGAUGGUACUGGCUCCUGUAUAUAUAUCUCUGGAACUCCGGGAACUGGAAAAACUGCAACGGUACGAGAAGUUGUGGCACAGCUUAAUGCAUCUGUUUCAGCCGAUGAAUUAGAUCCUUUUAUUUUCGUCGAGAUCAACGGAAUGAAAGUAACAGAUCCGCAUCAAUCAUAUGCAUUGUUGUGGGAAGCUCUGAAAGGAGACCGUGUGAGUCCAAGUCACGCAUUGGAUUUAUUGGAAAGGGAAUUCAGCAAACCAUCCCCAAGACGAGAGCCAUGCGUUGUUUUGAUGGACGAAUUAGACCAACUGGUAACGAAGAACCAAAGCGUGAUGUAUAAUUUCUUCAACUGGCCUGGUCUGAGGCAUUCCAAACUGAUUGUACUCGCUGUGGCCAAUACCAUGGAUUUACCUGAGCGUACCCUUUCCAACAAAAUCUCUUCACGUCUGGGUCUAACUCGUAUAACCUUUCCCGGCUAUACCCACGAGCAACUUCAAACAAUCAUAAUCUCCCGUUUAACUGACGUUCCCGCCCACCUGAUCCACCCCGACGCAAUCCAAUUCGCUUCUCGCAAAGUCGCCUCCGUAUCCGGCGAUGCUCGUCGCGCCCUUGAUAUUUGUCGUCGUGCCGUCGAAAUCGCCGAAUCGGAAUCACUAUCCAUCCCGAAUACACCUUCUAAAACACCGGGCAAAGAAGAAAAGAGGGGGAAAGGUGUAGUCAGCAUAGCGACGGUUAAGAAGGCUAUCAAUGAAGCGACAUCGAGUCCACUGCAACAGUACUUGAGAGCCUUACCGUUGGCGACAAAAAUGUUCUUGGCUGCGUUGGUAUUGAGAUUGAGGAGGGCGGGGACAGGGGAGUGUCUUGUGGGAGAGGUGGUCGAUGAGUGUAGGAGGAUGGCAAAGCUGGAUACAGGGGGCAGUGUAGUGGGGUUUUUGCUUACGGGUGCUGGAGCUGCUGGAAUCGUUAAUGUUGGAGAUAAAACUAGAGGCAAACAAGCAGGAAAAGGAGCAAGAGUUCAGGGAAUGGGCGAGGCGGCAAUGGAAUUAAUGGAGGCAGGUGUUAUAGGAAUAGAAGUGAGAAAGGCAGAGAGGAUGGGCAAGGUUCGGUUGGGAAUUGGAGAGGAAGAUGUUAAGGUUGCUUUUAAGGAUGAUCCGGAGAUUAGGGGCUUAGGUUUCGUGGGAUAG